AAAGAACGUAGGCAUUGUCCAUGAGAAAUAUCCUAGGCUAUGUGUAAGACUUUUUGUGACAAUAACAUGUAUUCACUGCAGAAAAUCAAACCAAUGUUUCGUGUACUCAAACUCAAAGGGACCGUUUGAAGCAUUAAUUAAAUAUUCGCCAUGCCUCCGAUUUGAGUUCACUAACACGGUGAGUGAAAUAUGCAAGUAUUCUCUAUGACUCAUGAGUAAAUGAGAAUGUGUCAAUCUUCUGUUACAGCAGAAGGCAAUUAUUGCGAACAAGCUGUCAAUCAACGUCUUGCGUGAUUGGCAGAGGACAGAACGCAUUCUGCAUUUCGUCAUACUUCCGUUUCAGAAUACUAUAAGGUUUGUCGAAGUCGGUAUUUUGUAAAUACUGCGAUUUCGGGACACUAUGAAGUCAGUACGAAAGUAAUCAGUAGUGGAAUAUUAUCCAUAGCCUCUGGACAAUACUAUGAGUACAGAAAAAUCAAACGAUACCGUCAAUCAUUCUGCUGCGUUCCGAGACACCGGUGUGAACGUUAAUCAUGACUUUGAAGCGGAGAGGAUAGCAAUAAGAACUAUAACGGCAAUCGUGUCUGCACUCUCACUUUAUCUGGCACUGUGUCAGAUUGUACUUUGGUUUCGAGGAGAAUGCUUUCGGUGCAAAAAGUCGGAAAACCACACGCAUGCAUCUUCAAUUCAAUUUCUUUGCGUAUUUGCCGCGGUUAUGACAUUUUUGCGAGUUGGAAUACCCUUGGAGGAAAUGUUGCAGAACGAAAACACUACAGACUGUUUCAUAGCAUUUGAAUUUCGAGUCAUUACCUAUGGGCUUGCACUGUCUUCGCUAUAUAUUAUAUUAUGGAUGCGCCAAAGAGUUUUUUACUGGUCUCCUGCACUAAGCGAUUUAACGUCGCCGAUUGUCCGCUUUCUCAGCUUCUCGAUGCCUGUUAUAAUAUCUCUAGGUUGUAUUGGAACUAUCAUUCUGGUGAACAUCACAGAAAAAUCUGUCGGAACAAGACUUGGAUGCGCUGUCGUAAAAAAUCCGUUUAAUCGAUUGUCAUGGAUUUUCAAAGGAGUUGCAUUUUGCAUAAUGCAAGGUAUUUUAUUGUCCUUGCUUAUAUACCCAUUAUUGAAGCACAGGAAAGCAAUGAGAGCAACAGUCUCGAAUGAGACGACUCAGAUUGAUUUCUUGAUUAAACGUGUACUAAUCACUACCGUGAUUUGUGUUUGCGCAGAUACAAUCACCAAUCUCGUUGGAUUUGCAUACAGAAGAGAUUUAACAUUAGUGCAUCAUUUUAUUUAUGACAUUAACAUAAAUAUAGACUUGGUAGCUGUCCUCUGUUCAUUCAAAGACUGGCGAGAGAAACUCUUUCCAUGGGGCAGCAUAUCAUGCAUACGAGAGUCCCAAAACAAUGGAAACAGCGUUUAAAUGACUAAAAUGUUUCAAGAAUCAGGCAGACAUCGUAAAAGCCUGUUUUUUUUUUUAUUUCACACGAAGUGUUUUUAUAACACCACCUGAAAAUUAAGACUGUGAAAGGUUAUCGAACCACCGUAAUGAUCUAGUAAAUGUUGUAUAAUUGCAAUAGUUACUGUAUUAUGUAUUUAUUACUUUACUGCAACUAAUUUGCUCAAUUUCAAAACACUUUUAUGACAAAUGUUUAUUACUGUACUUAUUGUCCUCUGUCUAAUCAGUAAAUAAGUUCACAUUCGAAUUCUGAAGUUGAAACAAUGCCCUGAGCAAUGAUACAUGUUAUUUAUGUGUUCAAAAGCAAAUGAAACAUAAUCUAUGAACGGGAUAUUUUGUUGACUUACUUCCCAAUGUUUGAAACAAUCUGUCUUGAAGUGGUUCUGUUGCUGUUUUCAUAUCCUCACCUGAAAAAGAGAAUAAAUAAGGUUAUUGAACUAUUCCAACAACCAGUACAAUAUAAAUAUUGUAUACUUGUGAUAUUUCACAUAUUAUGUAAUUAUUGUAUUACAAAUGUUAUCAAUUUCUCAUAACUGUCUCUUUCUGUGACUGAAUAUACAUUUUGUUUUGCUUUUCCAUUAUUUGUUUCAGUGAAGUUCACUUUUGAACUCUUUAUUUCAAACAUUGUCCAGAACAAUGACAUAUUCGUUUAUAUGUUUAAGACUUUAAGAGCAACUGACAUUUACACGUAUCAGCA